AUGACGGAAAAAGAUGAGAAAAAAGAUUUGGAUGUUGAAAGUUCGGGAUAUGCUAAAGGUGAUGAUGAAGCACCUCGAUGUGUUGACGAAGUUGAAGAAGCCGAUGAAACGCCAACAGAGGAGAAGCAGAAGAAGAGUUUUUUCGGUCUAGCAAUUUCUGUGCUUUUGGUAGUCACUGGCUCUUGUAAUACUCUCGCAGCCAAAUGGGCUGAUGAAAUUACUAUUCGAAACGGCACUGAUGUAAUUAUUUACAAGACAUUACCCAAUGGUUACUAUCAGUAUGAAAUCAACAAAUAUGAAACAAAUUUUGCACAUCCAUUUUUUCAGGCAACAGUAAUGUUUGUUGGUGAAAUGUGCUGCAUGGUGGUUUACUUUAUAACGUUGUUCGUACAACGGCGUCAGUGGAAGAAGCGACAUCCAUCAGGGCUAUCGUCUGACAUCAAAAAAGUUCGAAGCAAUGAAGACGGCGAUCAGGUAUCAACGACCAGCCAAAUAAGCGUUUACCCUAAACCACCAAAAAUGAACUACUUUCUGUUCGCAGCACCGGCUUUCUGCGAUGUUGUGGCAACAUCUGUUCAGUAUCUUGGUCUAACACUAACAUCUGCAUCAUCUUAUCAGAUGUUGAGAGGUGCUGUAAUUAUAUUCACCGGUAUUGCAUCAAUGAUCUUCUUAAAAUCUCGUUUACAAGCAUACCGUUGGGUUGGUAUGGUUGUUGUGGUAAUUGGUUUAGCUGUUGUCGGGGUCGCUGAUAUCUUACUGACUGAAGAAGACGACGAUACCAGCACUUCAGAUAUUAUUAUUGGUGAUAUAUUGAUUAUUAUUGCACAAAUUGUAGUGGCAAUACAGAUGGUGGUAGAGCAAAAGUUGUUAUCUGAUGCUGAUGUACCGGCUCUUUUAGCUGUCGGAUUAGAAGGUAUAUUUGGAUUUCUUAUUUUAUCAAUUCUUAUGAUACCGAUGUAUUUCAUCAAAGUACCGGAUGCGUUCAGCGAUAUUCCUGGGAAUAAACUGGAGGAUGCACUGAAUGCAUUUUGGAUGAUGAAAACUAGUGGUGAAUUGGUUGGCUCACUUUGUACCACAAUUGUCAGUAUCGCAUUCUUCAAUUUUGCUGGAAUUACCGUUACCAAAUUUAUGUCAGCUACAACACGAAUGGUGCUCGAUAGUGUAAGAACAAUUAUUAUUUGGGCUAUAUCAAUUCCACUUUUUGACAGUCAGUUUAUUCCUGAACAGGUAAUUUCAAUUUUCUUCUUUAUCUCUUUUUUAAUACCAAUUUAUUCUGACUUUAUAACUGCUUAA